GUCUCUAUUCUCUCAGUCGCGUAAAGUGAUUGAUUGACAUACCAUUUCAGGCUUCAGUUGUAGGAUCAACGAUUUCACCGCAACAGCAUACCCAGAAUGUCUUCCCAAAAACCCGAAGAGCGUGGCGAAUCGUCGAACUCUGCCUCAAAGGCGGCCCUCAAAGCUUCUUCCAAUGGAACCACAAAUUAUGAGCUUCCCUGGGUGGAAAAGUAUCGACCAGUGUUCCUUGACGAUGUCGUCGGCAACACAGAAACGAUUGAAAGACUAAAGAUCAUUGCUAGAGAAGGCAACAUGCCCCAUGUAAUCAUCUCGGGUAUGCCUGGUAUUGGAAAGACCACCAGUGUUCUAUGUCUGGCCCGGCAACUCUUAGGUGAAUCGUACAAGGAAGCGGUCUUGGAGCUCAAUGCCAGUGACGAGCGAGGUAUCGAUGUUGUCCGAAACAGGAUCAAGGGCUUCGCCCAAAAGAAGGUCACUCUACCUGCAGGGCGCCAUAAACUUGUUAUCCUCGAUGAAGCCGACAGCAUGACUUCGGGUGCUCAGCAAGCCCUUAGACGAACUAUGGAGAUCUACUCCAACACUACACGAUUCGCUUUUGCCUGCAACCAGUCCAACAAGAUCAUCGAACCCCUCCAAUCACGAUGCGCCAUCCUACGAUACGCCAAGUUAACAGACGCUCAAGUCGUAAAGCGACUCAUGCAAAUUAUUGAGGCGGAAAAGGUCGAAUACAGUGAUGAUGGACUUGCAGCCUUGGUUUUCAGCGCCGAGGGAGAUAUGCGACAAGCCAUCAACAACCUUCAAUCUACCUUUGCCGGUUUUGGCUUCGUCUCGGGAGACAAUGUCUUCAAGGUUGUUGACUCGCCUCAUCCAAUCAAGGUGCAGGCGAUGCUAAAGGCUUGCUAUGAAGGCAAUGUUGAUUCCGCACUGGAAACACUCCGAGAACUUUGGGAUCUAGGUUAUUCAAGCCACGACAUUAUCAGCACUAUGUUCAAGGUUACGAAAACAAUCCCUACGUUGAGCGAACAUGCAAAGCUGGAGUUUAUCAAAGAGAUUGGCUUUACACAUAUGAAGGUUCUAGAAGGUGUGCAGACACUACUCCAGCUCAGCGGAUGCGUCGUUCGGCUAUGCAAAAUCAACAUGGAUCCUAAGCGAUUUCGGGUAUAGAAUAUGGAGAUGAAUCUAGGCAUGGGUGCAUCAUUGGCGUUGGAGUUGGUAUUCGACUGAGAAAGCGAAGGAAAGAUGCUAAAGCAAUGUGAUUUACACAGACGACUCGAUGGUCAUCUCUAAUGUGACAUAUGUACGCCUUUAUACCCCAAGCAGUUACAGUCAAGACUUUUCAGUGAGAGAUUGAGAUCAUAGGGACUCUGUUUCCGCGCCAGAGGCGAUCACUUGCCAUCACCUUUGAUGAAUUCUUCCUCAUAUCGUUCCCAUUUAGCCCUGUCUCCCAUCAACCGCCGCUGCAUUCUCACUCGGUGCUCGUAUGCUCUGAGCCGUGAGUCUGCCUCGAUCAUGGCUCCAGGCACCAUGCCACACAUUUGUAAAUACCUUGACAAGGUCAGUACCAGGACGGAUCAGCUGUGAGAAUGAGCCCUACACUUUGAAUUGAAUCGUCAUGGAUCGAUACAACGGCGACCAGAUAUAUCCGGCAGCACCCAACACUGCGGCACCUAUUCCCCACUUGACUGCACCUGCAACACCUCCUCUGGCAGCUUCCCAAGCAGCAUCAUUGGCCUCGUCGCUCUGCAUAGCAUCGUGAGCACGCAUGAUGAUGGUUUGAUCUUAUCUUUGUGAUGUUGAUGCUUCCGGGCCCAGGUUUCUAGGCUCCGUAGAUCGUAUGGCUCUAGAAACAAUUGAACAGUGAAUAUAAUAAAAAGUUUUACAGCAACAUCAGACGAUAUGUUCGUGAGCUUGAGAAUCCCGAGCCCGGUCACUUCCGCUUCCAUGAC